AUGCCUUGGUCGCUCUUCUUCAUCCUCGCUGUAGCCACAGCGUUCAACAAUCCUGCCGGGGUGGACAUUUGGUGCGGUAAAGCCUAUCUAGGUGCAUUGGAGGUUUCUGUCGACGGGACAGACGUGCGAUUAGAGCAUGCUGUGACCGUCAAUUCGACAUCGGUCGCGCUGGACUUUCCUCUUUGCGAUCUCGAACCGCGGUUCCAGCCAUGGAAUGUCUCUCUCAAAGCCACCCAAGGCAAUCAGGUCUCGAAUGCUCGCACCCAGGGGUAUCGGCUCCCCGAUCGAACUGACGGGGGCAGUGUGACGAAGAUCGAAAGUCUCCACGGUGGACUGGUGGUUCGAAACAGUUCUUCCUCCCCAGCAUCUUGGGUUCCACCUCUGCCAUACUCCUUCUACGUGAGUUGGGACGGAUGGCUUGAAAAGUCGUUAGACAAUGUGCAGAACUUUAAGGAUCAAGGAAACAACAUUAUUCACAUUGUUCCCAAUGCUGGACUCGCCAAUCAAGCUUUCAAUUUCACCGGAUUGAACCUCCUCCUCGAUAAAAUGCUGCGGGAGCAAGUGAACAUGCUCAACGCGCGAAAAUCACUCUUGCUGUGGUACACGGGUGAUGAGCCCGAUGGCCAGAGCGAUCCACUGGAUGCGACCAAGCUCACGUAUGAUUUGAUCAAGUCGAUUGAUCCGUGGCAUCCGGUGUCUCUGGUUCUGAACUGCUAUUGCUUCUAUUACGAGGAAUACUCAUCCGGUGCCGAUAUCAUCCUAUCGGACGUGUAUCCGCUCGCAGUCAACACGAGCUGGUCAGCCGUCUACGAUACGCCCUGCAACACCACGUAUGGCUGCUGCGGCUGCGAUGACUAUGAAGGCAAUCUGCAAGAUAUCUCCGUGCACCUCGACCGUUUCUCCGAAUAUCAAUCCUGGGUGUCUUCUGUCCCAAAGCCGCUCUUGGGGGGGGGGGGGGGGGGGGGUGCCCAUGGCUUUUGA